UGAUAAUACUUCAUUCAACUUCAAAUCGAAGAACUCCCUCUCCGUCAACGGGCUCCUUCUUCUCUCUGUCGCACGAGCUCCUUCUUCUCCAUUCCUUACCUACAGCUCCACUGCCGGCCACCCUAAUUACCGGAGCUACCUUUUCCUUCUUCUCGUCUUUUUUAAACAAAGCAAGCUCCGUGUCUUUCUCGUUAACAGAACAAAGCAAGCUCAAGCUCCACCACCGCCGCGCCUCUCUCUCUCCUUUUAUCUCCCUCAGUGCUGGCUCGCAUACCUUCGCACAAGCCCUAGUUCCGUGGCGACCAAAAUCGGUUCUACCGUCAGCCGUGGUUCCACCUCUCUCUUUCUCCCUGUUCGAACCGAUAGGGUGCGUGAACUAGGGUUUUGGUUUUGUGGCAGUGGUUGUUCAUCGGAGAGCCACUGGCAAUGCUCCUAUUCUCAAGCAAUCUAAAUUCAAGAAUUCAACUCAAAAUUCAUAUGGAAGGUUUUGAUAAAUUUUACCACCAAUAGAAGCAGAAGGCUAAUCUGAUUCAAUCUGCUCUUAUUGUCAAUUAUCUCUAUUUCCAUCUCAAUGUGGAUUUGACGAGAUGGUGGCAGGGAAGGAGAGGAAGUAUUACAUCUUGUUCCGGUUGAAGGAGUGGAGUCACCAUUAUAUGCUCUCGAGAUAAAUCCUGAGAAAUCUAUGGAAGAGUUUCGAGCAGCUAGUCAAAAACUUGGUGAUGGCGUGGAUGUAAAGUCUUUAAUGCAACUUGUGUUAGUGAUUAGAUAAAUAAAAUAAAAUAGAAUAGAAGUUACCCACAUAAAUGUUUGAUAAGCAAUAAGCAAUAAGCUACUUCGGACCUGUCUCAGCUGCCACUAAGUUUUUCUCAUCAAAUGGUUUUCCUUGCCCAAGUCUCAUGGAUAUGGAAUUUGGGUGGAUAAUUGUGCUUGGUAGCUUUAUUGGAUUUUGUGGAGUUGCAUUUGGAAGCGUAGGUGGUGCUGGUGGAGGUGGCAUAUUUAUUCCCAUGCUUAGUCUCAUCAUUGAUUUUGAUCCAAAAUCAUCAACUGCUAUCUCAAAAUGUAUGAUCAUGGGAGCAGCUUUGUCAACUGUUUACUACAACCUUAGACUAAGACAUCCAACAUUGGAUAUGCCUAUAAUUGACUAUGAUUUGGCACUUCUCAUUCAACCAAUGCUGAUGCUUGGAAUCAGCAUUGGAGUGACCUUCAAUGUUCUUUUUCCUGAUUGGAUGGUCACUAUACUGCUUAUUGUUAUCUUUGUAGUGACAUAAACCAAGGCAUUCUUCAAGGGUGUGGAAACUUGGAAGAAGGAAACCAUAAUGAAAAAGGUCUCAUUAAAAUUUGUCUUCAUAUAUAGUUUUCGGUGCUCUUCAUUUUAAUUAUUAUUAGUAAAUCUGUUUAUUACAAACACUCACCAUAUGCAGUACAAAUUGUACAAGUGCUGAAAGUCUUAAUAAUGGAUGCAGGACUCAGAUGCAAUGGAGAAGAAAAGUCAUACUGAUUUUUUAACACAGUGCAUGGUCCUUACUAGGAGAUCUUUUUUAACACAUUAUUUUCUACAAUAGUUUUAUUUUCUGUACCCAUUUUUCUUAAUCCAAGUCAUUUGUAGCAUAUUUGAAUGGCAUGAUGGUCCCCUUGUAAAAGCAAUGAGAGGGGGUGAUCUCUUUCUUGCUGAUGAGAUAUCUUUGGCUGAUGAUAGUGUACUUGAGAGACUGAAUAGUGUGUUGGAGCCAGAAAGGACGCUAGUAAGUUAACUCAUAUUGAUAUUCUGUUUUUAACUUCCUUUUAGAUUUAUGAUGUAUCAUGUAGCACCACCUUUUUUUUAUAUAGGAUUGAUGAUCACUGUUUUUCUGUUCCCUACAAAGAAAAUUAGAAUUUCCAAGCUUAAAAAUGCGGGAAACAUAAAGGAAGAUUAUUGUGAAAGGCUCCUGGAAGUUGUUAAUACUAUGAUAAGUUUUUUUGAGGGUGGUGGUGCUGCUGUUGAACUCUUUUGUUAUCUACGAUGGUAUCAACAAUGCCUCAAGAUGCUGUUUAUGAACGCCCUCUGUUUGGGGUCAAACUCUCAAGCUUGUUCCCUCAGAUUUCAGGAUGUCAGUGACAUUCAACAAGUCCCUGAUCAUCAGGAGGUUUUUGCAGACACUACUCAUGAUGAGAGCUUGAUCUUAGAGGGCAACAGCUCUAAACUUGAAGGGAGACCAUUAAGUUGUAGGCUUUCAGACAAAGCAAAUGACCAAUUACGGCAAUGGUUUGAAGAUGAUGAUGCGCUUGAGCGUGCUAUUAAUGGAGAGUGGAUUUUGUUACCAUGCGGAGAUGAAACGGGUCUUAAAACUUCUGUUUGUCUUUUAGCUUGCAGAUGGGUUAAUUUUAGAGAAGACAUCAUCUCCUAUAGGAGUUCUCUUAAUUGUUUUUGAAUCUUUCCCUGAUGCACUUGUACAGUGGGCUGUUAAAACAGUCUUCAGAUUUUCCACAUAGAUUGGAGGAAAAAACUUUCCAAUUCAGAGUCAGAAAACCAAGUUCUUCGCCAGCAAGCAUUGGCUGUAUCACCAAUUGGAAAAGCUUUGACUACAAGAUUAAUACCUGAGGCAUUACUUCUACUUCAACAACUGACACAUAAUUUGAUAAUACUUUUAACUUUAUUGCUCCAAUUCAUGUGAGUGAGUUAGUUUUAUAAAGUAAUUAGAUUAAUUUGAUGAAUGAAGUUGUAUGAGAGUGGAAUGAUGUAAAUGAUAUUCAUUAUAUGAUGUAAGUGAUAUUCAUUACUUCUGCUUCAA